GAACUAUUUAUUACAGUGUCUUCUGUGAUUCCACGUGGAACUCGACUGAACAGGCAGUAAUACUGUUGAAUAGCUACCAACAACAGGACGUUACGUUGCAGUAAUGGAGAAUCAAGCAACAUCGGCGGUCACAACUGUCCCGGCGGUUGCCCUGACAGGAACCAUCAGCCUGGCGCUAAGAAAACCGGCACCGAAUGUGACCGCAGCAACCGCUCCGAAAGUCGGGCGCUUUUUCGGUUCCGCUUUCAACAUUGCCAACCGCUAUCGAGCUAACAGCAGUAACUUGGGCAAGGUUAGUUUGGCCAUAACGAAUCUGAAGGUCAUCAACAACGAGCCGUUACCACCGCCACUCUGUGCCAUGGUGUCAUCCGAUACGCCCCCUCUGCUGAAGUAUCAGGCCUCGUAUCAACUGGAGUCGAAGAAUCCGUUCAGUCGCGAGGCAUGUGAAGUCAUUCUACGGGAAUCGUUGGAUAAAUCACUACAGGGCGUUGAGUACAGUUCGUAUUUCGCGCCCUCGCUUUGUCAGCAGAUCUGCGAGGACGUGAAGGCAAAAGUGAAGGAGCUAAAUUUCGAUCGGUACAAAAUUGUAGUAACUGUAACCAUGGGUGAACGAUACAUGCAAGGACUUAAGCUAAUUGCUCAAUUUCUUUGGGAUUCAGAAAAGGAUAACUAUGUGUCCUGCAUUUAUGAUUCCUCCCCGAGCCUGUUUGCCGUUGCAACGAUCUACGCCAUCUACUACGAUUAAAACUUUGUCAUUAAAGUAGCCUACUAGAUUGUUGAAAUAAAUUCAUAUGUACUACAUAUGCUCAAAACACUUAA